UUGGAGCCUGUAGCGCCUCCUCGCUAUCGCUCAGCCUGCUUUGCGUGGACGAUCAUGGCUACCUCGCUUGCAGACGUGGCAUCAGUUUUCUCAGUUUUUCUUUUUCAUCCGCCAGCUGGGUUGCUCUUACAGUUUUCCCUCGCAUGGCUUGUCUCAGCUGGGUCGCAUAUGCAUUCCAGCGCUGCCCUGCUGCAGUCCUACGACAGUUUGUACCACGACGGGGUCCGAGCAUACUUUAUGAAAGACUGGGAGAAAGUAGUCACGCUGCUGGAAUGGGCUCUGCAGACCCAAGACGAUGUGAGCCAGGCCCGGCUUGGCUGCCACAGCGGUUGUAGACUUGAUGAGAUUGCACGAGAUGCGGAGCCUCUUGUGUCCGACUUGAACUUUUUUCAGGCAGUCCUGCGUCGGGGUGAGUGUCUGAGUUUUUGUGAACGUAGCCGUCUGGAACCAGCAGCGCGAGCCCCUGUGUCUGAGGAUGUGCAGUCGGAUUUCAACAAGCGGGUGCCAUACAACUUUCUGCAGGUCGCCUACUACAAGUUAAAGAAGUUUGACAAAGCAGUGUCAGCUGCCCACACGUUUUUUGUGUCAAACCCAAACCAUAUUGAGAUGAAGAUGAACAUUCGCAGCUAUCGGAAAAUAAAGGGACUGUCUGAGGAGGCGUUCGUUGACAGAGAGGCUCAGGGGCACUGGCUGGCAUAUGACAGUGCUAUACUUUGUGAGGAGAAGAAUGACUUCGUGGGAGCAAUGCAGCAUUGGGAGAAGUGUGUGAAUGAGUCACUGGCAGCACUAAACCAGUGUCGGGCAACAUGUGAGGGGCCAUACCAGUAUGGGGAGGAUGAAGAUUACUUGAAUGACUUGCGCGACCUUUACCAGAAAACUGCAGCUCAUUUUUUGCAGGUCCUGUCAUGUCGUCAGGGCUGUGCCUUGCAGGUGGCCACUAAGCCUGGACGCCUUUCAGCGUAUGAAGAUUUCCUUCCAAGUUUAUUUAGACGACUUUACUACAGUGCUCAGGCUGCUGGACUCCUAAACCAAGCAGUUCAGGCCGCUAAGACCCUACAAUUGUUCUACCCAGAUGACAAAGAAAUAAAUGAAAGUCUGCAACAGUAUUUACAAUCUGAAGGAAAAGAUGAUGAGCGCACAGUUAUUGCCAGGGAGGAUGUACAAGCCUUUGUCCAGCAGUCUCUUGAAGAAAAGCGCCUAUUGUUUUUUGGUGUUGAGAACCUGGGGUUUCCUUCUUUCAAAGACCCGGAUCCUUGGACCCCAGAAUCUGUUGUUCCAGAAUCCUUACGUGAAGCCUGGCGAGCUGACCAGGCACCAUAUGGUAAUGAAUCUGAAGGUCACACUAAAGAGGAAGAGUCAGUGUUCAUUGAAGGUGGCUCCAUUCCACUACAGGGUGUUGUUGUCGCACAAAGUUCUGAAUAUUUGAACGGAUCCAACAGAGUUGUGUUGGAUGGGUUGCUAAACAAUGAAGAGUGCAGAACUUUGCUACAACUGGCAAAUAUUGCUGCUGCUGCCGGAGAUGGUUACCGUGGACGUCGUUCCCCCCACACUCCUCAUGAGAAUUUCCAGGGACUGACGCUGCUACGGGCUGCUAGGCUUUCUCUGGAUGGUGCAAUCAACCAGUCUGACAUACAACUCUAUUUAAAUGCUACAGAUCGUGUGCGUCGUCUCCUCCAGUCCUAUUUCAACAGCCCUACUCCCCUGUAUUUCUCUUUUUCUCAUCUGGUGUGUCGAACUGCCAUCACAGGCCAACAAGAAGGCAGGAUAGACCUAUCUCACCCAGUCCAUGCUGAUAACUGCCUUCUUGAUGCCGAGAGUCAGGAAUGCUGGAAAGAACCUCCAGCGUAUAUUCACCGGGACCUCAGUGCUAUUUUAUAUUUGAACAAUGACUUUGAAGGAGGAAACUUGAUUUUCACUGCUAGAGAUGGCAAAACAGUCACAGCAGAGGUGAGCCCUCACUGUGGCCGACUUGUUGCCUUCACAUCCGGCUCACAAAAUCCUCAUGGAGUCCGUGCUGUGACAUCUGGUCAGCGGUGUGCAGUGGCACUGUGGUUUACACUGGACGAAAGUCGCUCUGAUGAGGAGCGUAAAGAAGCUGAACAGCUAAUUAAUGAAUUACCAGAGGAAGAAGACAGCAAUGAGAAGCAAGUACCAGAACCCCCUCAGGCAUUAGGUCGGACAGUGAGGGGAAGAUCAGAGACAAAGGGGACAAGAGAUGAAUUGUGAGGGCUACCUCUGUUAUGGGCUGGGAGUUAUAUGAUUGUCCAAAAGAAACCAGUAUGAACUGUGGUCCCUUAUUAUCUGAUGGUUGGCAGGGACUGAGACCAGUGAAAAGUCAGGGAAACUGCACUAUUGUUCAGUAGAGGACAAUUCAGGGUUUUAUUUCUUCGUACCUUGUACAAAUGUAAUAAAGUGUAAUUAAAGUA